ACGGACAAGCUAAGAAGAGAUGGAGAACGGCCGCGACGACGCCGUGGCCUCCGGCGCCGGCGAGAGGAUUAGGGUCCUCGUUGUGGAUGAAGACCCCGUCCACCUCGAGGCCAUGACCCAAACGCUCAGCCGCUGCGGGUACCAAGUGACAACGAAAGCCUCGCCCGCCGAAGCACUGCAAGAAUUACAGGAGAACCCAGACCGGAUUGACCUCGUCAUGACGGUGGCGCACAUCCGAGGGGAGGGAAUCGAUGGCUUCACCCUCCUCGAGCAGGCCAGGGAUCAUUACCCUGUCAUCUUGUUCUCUGACGACGCAACCGCAGAGACGGCGAGGAGGGGGUUCAUUGGAGGUGCGUGUGACUUCCUGACCAAGCCCCUGCACGACAAUGUUAUGCGCAACAUCUGUCAUCACGUCAAGCAGCGGAGGAUCAACACAGCCUCUAGCGUCGGCCCCAUGAAAGCCGAUUCUCGGAGCAACCACAUUGCCCGUGAGGAUCGCCUAUCAGGGAAAAGGCCAAUAGCAGUGGACGACUCCAAUGAGGGGCGUUUGGAAAGAACCACCAAAGGGAUCAAGUUCAACUGGACUGCACAUAAGCAUGCAUUUUUCCACAGAGCCACCAACCGACUCAGUGAAAUAAAAGACUAUGCUCCAAGAAAUAUAAGAGAACUUACUACUCAGGAGGACAGUGCAAAUGCAACUACAGAUAAAGAUAGCAGCCAUCUUCAGAAAAACAAAGGGGACUGCCCAACUGAUUGGCUUUCAACUAUGCCCACGAGCCCACAACACUAUAACAAUCCUUUGAAUGACUAUCCGAAAUCUCAAGAUGCAGAUGGAAGUUCCGAGUUCAAUAUGAGAUCCAAGGGACCUAUAAAUCUUAACCAAACAAGUCAGCUAAGUAAUAUUGCAUCAGCAGUUGGUUUUGGUUUUCAUGGAAAUGGGGGCAGCACGACUAGUCUUGGUGCAAAUGCUCUUAGGGUACCAGUACCUAAUAUUGUUAAUGGAGAUGACAUUGGCAAUGGUAAUGGAGCUCUAGCAAAUGGGAGCAUGGUCAGUGCAUCACUGCCCUCCAAUCUAGAACGACCAUUACAGCAGCCAGUGUCCACUUUGAAUUUAUUUCCAAGUAAUACAAUGCUUCCCAUGGAUAAUCCAAACCAUAGAAGCCAACGGGAGCUUCCACCACACUUAUAUCGACUCAGCUAUGACUGUAGCAUUGGAGGGAUAAGGAUGUCGCCUUGGCCUGUGGAUGAUGAUGAUGACCUGCUUAGAAGCUACCUUGGUGAGAAUGAGGUCAUACAAAAUACCGCAACCACAGAUAUGGCCCAUGGAAUACAGAAUGCAGCAACCAUGGACAUUACAACUGUGGAGACGACCCAUGAAAUUCCUGGAGAUGGUGCUGCUGAUCAGACCAGUGCAGUGCAGCUUCAAGGCCUGUAA